AUGAUGCGCUCUCAGAUCCAAUCCGUCGGUCGUCUGGCCCGUCCCAGCACCGCAACCGCCUCCAGACUUGCCGGCGCAGCCCGCGUCCAGGUUCCCUCCGCCAACGCCGCCACGAAAGCGACUGCCAGAACGAUCACGACGACGAGACGGAUACCUCAGAUGUACUCUGGCCUUGCCUCUACCCAGUACCGCUCCUUCUCAACCACCCGUAUCCAGCAUGGCGAGAUCAUCAUCACCGUCCCUCCCAUGGCCGAGUCCAUCAACGAGGGUACUAUUGGCUCUCUGGGCAAGCAGGUCGGCGAUGCCGUCGAGGCCGACGAGGAGGUCGCCAGCAUUGAGACCGACAAGAUUGACGUCGCCGUGAACGCCCCCGAGGCUGGUGUCAUCACUGAGCUCUAUGUUGCCGAGGGCGACACCGUCGAGGUCGGACAGAAGGUUGCGAAGAUGGAGACCGGCGGAGCCCCUGCUGCCGACAAGGGCGAGUCCAAGAAGGAGGAGUCAAAGCCUGAGAAGGCCCCCGAGUCCGAAGCCAGCAAGCCUGCUGAGCCCGCCGCUCCCGCCCAGGAGCAGAAGAAGGAGCCCGAGGCCCCCAAGAAGGAGGAGAGCAAGCCUGCGCCCGCCGCCCCUCAACAGAAGAAGCCUGCUGAGACGGCCCCCGUUGCUCAGGCUGCUCCCUUUGGCGCUUCCGGUCUCUUCUCCCGCGCUGAGCGUGUUGAGAAGAUGACGCGCAUGCGCAAGACCAUCGCUCAGAAGCUCAAGCAGUCGCAGAACAUGACCGCCUCGUUGACCACCAUCAACGAGGUUGACAUGUCUGCCCUGAUGGAGUGGCGCGCGCGCAACAAGGAGGAUGUCAUGAAGCGCCACGGCGUCAGGCUCGGAUACAUGGGUGCCUUCACCAAGGCCACCUGCCUGGCUGCCCAGCAGGUCCCCCAGCUUAACGCCUCUAUCGACACCGACAAGGAGAUCAUCACCUACCGCGACUACGUCGACAUCAGCAUUGCUGUCUCCGCGCCCAAGGGUCUGAUCACCCCCGUCCUGCGCAACGUUGAGAGCUUGGAUAUCAUUGGUAUCGAGCGUGGCGUUGCUGAGCUGGCUGCCAAGGCCCGCGACGGCAAGCUGACCAUGCCCGACCUCGAGGGCGGCAAUUUCUCCAUCAGCAACCCCGGUAUCUUCGGCUCUCUCUUCGGCACCCCGGUCAUCAACUACCCCCAGGCCGCCGUCUUCAACAUGAACGGUAUCAAGGAGCGCCCCGUCGUCGUCAACGGCAAGCUCGAGAUCCGCCCCAUGAUGUACAUCACCGUCACCUACGACCACCGCCUCAUUGAUGGCCGUGAGGCCGUUACCUUCUUGAACGUUGUCAAGAGCUACAUUGAGGACCCCGCCAGACUGCUCCUGGCAUAA